AUGAACUUCAACUGUACCCAAUCUUUCUCAGUGUCAUGCUAUGGCAGCAACAUGUUAUUCCAGGGGCUGUCUUAUGUUUAACUCAUGUGUUAAGAUCUUUUGCCAUUUAAUGAGACAGAAGAUUAUUUUAACUGAAGGUAACAAACAAUUGUUAAGUAAUGGUUCAUGGUAUUUCUUAUUGGAUGGAGAUGCACAGUUACAGAUAUAUGAGUUGCUGUUAUGUGACCUCGGUAUUAGUGAUGUGUCCUUCCGUGUCGAGGCUUCGAAGCAUGUGUCGAGUGAUCCAGGUAGAGGUGUGUGAGGUGCGUAUCGAGGCUCGCGUUGGUGACGUAUGUGGUGACGUUCAAAGCCUCGCGAGCCGGCCAUACCACGUGACUGAUUCAAGAAAUAGUUCCCGGGUUUGGCGUGUGAUUCGAAAUUAAAGAGGCGGCCAAACGCAAUGGCACUAAAUGUAACAAAUUACACAAAGUUAGGAAGGUAAUGUCUCCUCCACACGGCAAGGUAUACCGUUUAUUUAUUCAACACUGGUAUUGGAUUGCUAUCAGGUAUCCAUAUUGUAUCGGGAGUGAAAAAGUCAGAUGGAUGUAUCCCCAAAAUUACUGCUAAACAACCAGCUUAAUGGUGUUAGUGAAAAUACUAACAUGUCAAGUUCACGUUCAUAUGAGCUGAUGUCACUCACCGAUGAUGACAAAGCCUCCAUCUGCCUCCUUCUCGGAUGUUGACUUCUUCCCAUCUUUUCGUAGUCCGAGGAAACUGAACAUGACGACUCCCUGUCAACACAAGAGAAGCACGGUUAGAGCAGCGGCCCCUGUGUGAUUUGUGAUAGGUAGAUUUUGACCUUAUGUCUACGUGCCUAUGCUUGUUUGUGUAUUAAGUUAAAGCCCAUCUUGUAGCUGUAAUGUUGAUGUGUGAUGUCGUUCACUCUGAUUUGUUUUAUUGUGUAUGAAAAGUCCAACUACGGGUAAGAAAAGUUAAAGCAGCAGCCGUAAUAGUUGCCAGGUUUCAGUUGUUGACAUGUUUGAUAUAGAUAUUAUCUCACUGGAUUACUGUAAGGACAUUUUACUUUGGAGCUACAAUGGAUCAGGAGGAAAUAUACUCCCUUCUCCAUAAAGCUACUAAAUGUUCAUGAGUAUGUUCAGCUGGCAUUUCUCUGGCAAACAGUGUGGUUCAUGGUUCACAAUGCAAUCACAGUACGGAUGGAGAGUUGAUUUCAAGUAAACAUAACCCACCGUUACUGAAUUCAUUAUAGAACAGCACCAUACCUUUUGUUCCUGGAUUAAAUGUCUUCUUUUAGCAGUCACAACAAAACUGUGUUCGUCCAAAGUCAAGAAACGAAAGUGAAUUAACAGAUGUCGUUGUACCGUAGGAUUCAGUUCGGGUUACAAUGAAAUCAGUUCACGGUUCCAUAACGUUUUAGUUCCGUUGAGUUUGGAUUAAUUCGGCUACUUUCAGCUCAGCGACGAAUGUUUUACCGUCACUGAAUAUGCUUUGCUGCCUGAACUGCUUCAGUGCGAACCAUCCAUGUUGUUAUGAUCUGCUAUUGACGUCACUGAGGUCUCUAUAGUGUGCUCUUUCGUGUAGAAACUCUUGACUACCACAUUCAGUUCCGCUGCACUCUUGCCAGCAGCAGCAGCCGGAACCUGUUGUAGUUUCUGGGGAGCUACAUACUAAAACACAACGACGGAUAUGUCGUGCAAAAAGCUCGGGUCGCUCGAUUUUAACGCCGGGGUUUGCUUUGGUUGCAAAUCAAGGCUUGUUUCAACGUAAUCCGAGAGACCCCGCCCGCUCGCGCUGCCAUGUGACUCAAACCGAUACAACGAAACAUUUCCCGCGCUGUGCUGCAUUGUCCAGACUCCAGUAGCUUCACAACCCGAACCCGUUAACAUGGCAGGAAUAAUAGAUGUCCCCAAACCCAGAGUCAACUGCUCCAUGCUGUCGCAGUACACCAACAGACCUGUGUGCUUCGUAGGAUGCGUUGAAAAGGUUCACCCAACGGGAAAAACGUUCACUGUGUCGGAUGGAGACGGAAAGGUGGCCACAGUGGAACUAAACGACCCCCUUGAAGAAGAGCUGAGCGGUGUUGUGGAGUUGAUCGGUAUGGUGUCCAACAAAGGAGGAAUAAUGGCCACGACAUACAACAUGCUGCGAGAGGACAAGGGCAUCCCCUUCGAUCUGGAGCUCUACAAUGAAGCCCUGAAGGUCGUCCAUGAUUUCCCUCAGCACUACCCUUUUGAAAUGACUUCCAGUGGAUGAGCGUGCACUUUCAAAGAUUUGUUCUCUGAAGUUGUUUUCAGAAUAAAAUGUUCUCAAAUGUAUAAUAUUGAAUAAGAUUUGUUUGUAAUAAAAUUGAAACCCUGAAAGAAUAA